AUGUUGAAUCCUGAUUUCCCCCGGUAUCGGCAAAUAUCUCUCGGAUAUCGCCCACCUUCCCCUAUAUCUGGCAUGUUUCUUCCCUUUCUCCAAAAACCCAAGCGACUCUCUUUUUCAGAAAACCAUUCCUUUGUUCCUCUUCUUUGUAUACUAUCUCAUAGCCACUGCAAACGCAAACAUAGCAGAACCUUCGUAUCCAGACCGUUUCCAUUUGAGGAUUCAAUACCAUCAAGUUUUGCUUCCUUAAAGCUUGAAUUAUGGGAACAUUGGGCUUUGAAUCCUUUCUCAGAUCUUUCAGAUCUUAAAAUACAAUGAUGGUGUUGAUGGAGAAAAAGGUGUUGAUCAUGCAGCUUCAAUAGGGCUCUAAGUAAACCUCAGCUUAGUGUUGAGCCUGUAUGUGGUGAUAUAGGCGUUUGUGGGACCCUGAACAAAUGACUUUGUUGAGAUAAAGGUUUGUUCAUUCAAUACUUUCAAUAAUUUUCCUCAUCUUUUGGUUCUUUCCAUAAAGAGUUGUACAUUAUCAGCACACCGGUGAAAAAUUAAUUAUUGUUGGACCAUCUACAUCCAAUUAAAAAUGAUAUAGUUCCAAACUACUUUACCAAGAUUCAUGAUUAAAUAAAUGUUUUAGUCCAUUCAUUAUUAAAAUGGGCACAAAGAUUGCGGCUUUUGAUUAAAUUGUUGAGUAGAAUACAAUCAUUUAAUAUGUGUGGUUCUUCAAUUUGCAGAUAUAGUUUCAGUUUUCUAAUUUUUUUUUGAGACUCUAUAUCUAAUUAAUUAGAAGAUGAAUUGAAUUUUAUGUGAGGUGCAAACCUGGGAGACAUAGGCAUCCAAAGGAUCCAUUGGGAUGCUUUUUACUACUUCUGCAACAAAAUGAGUGUGGAUGAUACAUGAUAGAUAAUUUCUUUAUACUCUUACUUUCUUUUUCUAUGGAUAUGUAAGUUUUCCGACAGACAUGGAUUUAUAUGGUAUCGGAGCCGUUGGCUAUGGGGGAUUACCAUGAAUGAUUUAUAUCAUUUGUAUGUGGUUGCAGAAAUUUUUGAUGAUGUGGAACUUUGACUAGCAUCAACCAUCAGGUUUCAAAUUACAUAUAUGAUAAAUGUAUGUUUAGUUAUGAAACUUCCUAUUUUUCAGGUUUUGGUUAUUGGUUAAGAAAAGGAGGGUACCCCUUAAUUGCGAUAAAAAUGUAAUUGUUGUAUUUACA